AUUUUGUCCUUUUCUUUCGAAUCCUAUCCCCCACCAUCCCAAACCGAUAAUAUACCGUCAUGUGGUAGCCUUCUUUUCUUUUCUCUUCAGAAAAAAACCCGCCCUUUUUUUCCCAGUUUUGCCUCCAUGCUUUUUCUCCGGAAAUUCUGAUCCAGGUCUUUCUUAACCUUUUUUUUUCUCGGGAAAAUCGAAAAGAAGGAAAAUUUCAAGAGAAAAAAGAUGUUUGGUUCAGGCAUGAAUUUGAUCACAACAGUGAUCGGUUUUGGAAUGAGUGCCACUUUUAUUGUGUUUGUUUGUACGAAAAUGAUCUGUCGGAGAAUUAGAGGGUCCCAAACCCGACUCUUGUUUCAGACCGAAUCCAGGAUUGAUCUCGAACAGGCAGAGGCAGAAAUUAGAGGGGUUGAACCAGUAGUGGUAGCUGCAAUACCCACCAUCAAGUUCAAUCGUGAAGCCUUCAAGUCCAUGGAAGAUGCACAAUGCUCGAUAUGCUUAGGCGAGUACGUAGAGAAAGAAGUGCUAAGAAUCAUGCCCAAGUGUGCCCAUAAUUUUCACCUUUCUUGCAUCGACGUUUGGCUCAGAAAGCACUCCACUUGCCCGGUUUGCCGUACGCCGUUACUCGACUCGUUGGAAUUCGACACAGGCCAAUCAGACACGUUGUGGGCACCUUAGACGAGAAUCGAUGAGCAAUCGAAGAACGACCAAAACAGGCCCAAUGUCGGGACGAGGAGUGUCGACUCGUCGAGACGAUGUCGUGACGAGGCGAAUGGGACGUUGCAUUAUCACGACGUGUUCUCUUAUUUGGUAGCCGUGUUCUAGACUUCAAGCAGGACUUAUUCUCCCAAUUAGACUCUGAUUAUUCUAUGGAUAUUUUAGUAUAAUUAGAACUCUAAUUUUAGCCUAUUUAAAGGGGCCAUUGUAUCCCUAUUUAGUGAGAAUUUCGUGAUAAUUAUAGAGAGUAUUUUAUACUUACCCUUUUUGUGAGUGCCUUAUGAGAUUUAGGGUUUUGUUUAUCUAUUUGUUCUUUGAGAUUUUGAGUUUUAUAUUUGGGGUUUUCGGUAAUGUACAGGUUGUAUAUUUAGGUUUAUUUUCUCAAUAUUGUACUCUCGUUUGUUUACUCAUUUAGUGAAAAGUCGAUACCUCAUUUGCCUGUGA